GAAAAGUUUUAUCCGAAGAGACGUACAGAUCAGUCGAAGAAGAUGUUAGCAGUGUUCAGCAAGUCGGUGGCGAAGUGCCCGGAGGCCCUCCAGAGCCCCCGCGACGGACCCUCGGCGCCUACCUCCGCCCUGAAGGACGGUUUCCUGGCCAGCAAAUUCGCGGCCACGAGCUCCGGACCCGUCACGAUCAACCUCGGCGACUCCGGCGUCAUGGCGUAUUCUUCCGGCCGUCAUAACCCACUCCUCCCCAGGUUAUUUGCAGCUGUGGAUGGGUUGUUCUGCCUGUUUCAAGGGCAUAUUGAGAAUGUGGCUCAUCUGAAACAGCAAUAUGGGCUGAACAAGACUUCAAACGAGGUGAUCAUUGUGAUCGAGGCUUAUCGGACAUUGAGAGAUAGGGGUCCUUACCCUGCUGAUCAAGUCGUGAAGGAUUUUCAUGGAAAAUUUUCUUUCGUUCUCUAUGACAGCUCUUCAAAGGCUACCUUCAUAGCAGCUGAUGAGGAUGGAAGUGUGCCAUUCUUUUGGGGAACUGAUUCUGAAGGUGACCUGGUUCUCUCUGAUGAUGCUGACCUUGUGAAGCAAGGGUGUGGGAAAUCUUUUGCACCAUUUCCAAAGGGAUGCUUUUUCACUUCUUCUGGAGGCUUAAGGAGCUAUGUGCACCCGCUACAUGAGCUGAAAGCUGUGCCGAGGGUGGACAGCUCAGGCGAGAUGUGCGGUGCCACAUUCAAAGUUGACUCAGAGUCCAAGAAAGAGAGUACUGGUCUUCCUAGAGUUGGGAGUGCUGCUAACUGGUCUGAGCAUUACUAAAUCAAAGCUCGCCUAAGCUCAUCCCCCAAAUACCCCUUUAGUUUCUCGCCUUUCUCCAAUUGCUG